CACGCGCGCUCGCGCUCACCCACGCGCACGUGUUGACACUCGGGGGCGCGCGCACGUGCACGCGCGCACACCCGCGAGCACGCCCCGCCCCUGACACGCGCGUCCCCGUCCCCGCCCGGUCCCGGUCCCCGCCCCGUCCCCGUCCCGGUGCCCGCCCCAGCGGCGCGGGCGGAAGCGCGCGGGGAUGGAGCCGCCGGCCAUGGAGGGGCCGCUGCUGGUGCAGCACAGCCACAAGUUCGGUGCCAAGCGCUGGAAGCGCGGCUGGUCCGCGCUCUACCCCGCCAGCCAGCACGGCGUGGCCCGGCUCGAGGUGUUCGACUGCAAGGAGCCGUCGGCGGCCGGGCGAGCGGGCACCCGGCGACUCGCCCGCACCGUGGUGCGGCUCAGCGACUGCACCAGCGUGGCCCCGGUGGGCGAGAGCGGCCCCCGAGCCGGCACCGCCACGUUCCGCCUGGAGACCCGCGACCGCAGCUUCCUCUUCGCGGCGGAGAAGCAGCAGAGUGAGGAGUGGGUGGCGAAGCUGUGCCAGAUCGCCUUCCCGGGAAAUGGCCCCAGCGAUGGCACGGUGUCACCGUACGGCCGAGAGGGCAGCGGGGAGUCAUCAGCCCUGGAGAUGGCCGUGAACUCCAUCUACUACUCCAGAGAUGAAGUGAACGCUUUCUGGGUGACAGUGCAGAGGACUGAGGCUGCAGAGCGCUGUGAGCUGCGUGGCUCCUACGUGCUGAAGGCUGAGCGUGACAGCCUCGUGCUGAAGGACCCACGGACAGACAGGGUCCUCUACGUCUGGCCCUACCGGCUGCUGCGGAGAUACGGCCGUGACAAGGUGAUGUUCUCCUUCGAGGCCGGCAGGCGCUGUGAUUCAGGACCUGGAAACUUCACCUUUGAGACCAAGCAGGGCAACGAGAUCUUCCGGCUGGUGGAAGCCUCCAUCCAGGAGCAGAAGGCGCAGGUGGAGGAGAACCGGCAGAGCUGCGACUCGCUGGAGGCCGACAGCCCCGCCAUGGUGCAGAUCCGCCAGGCCCUGGCCGACAGCCUGAGCCUGGAGCUGCCCGCCGAGGGGGACGACAGCCCCAAAGCAGGGCUGGCACCCAGGGCAGCCACAGCAGAGGAGAGAGACGCAGCAUCGGUGCUGAAGAGCCGGACUCUGCCGGAGCUGCCCGUGCCCCCGGCCAAGCCCGCGGUGUCCGGCACCCCCCCGCGCUCCCCUCUGCCCAAGGGGCUCCGCGCGCUGCCGCCGGCCCAGGACCUGGCCAGCGUCUACUCAGAGCCCCUGGACGCGGUGAAGGCCCUGCAGCCCUGGCCGGACCCGCUCUACUCGGACCCUGUGGACAGCAAGGCCAAGGCGCCCGCGGAGGAGCCGAAGGCGCCGCGGCUGCCGGUGCCGCCGUACUCGGGCCCGUACGAGCAGGUGCGGCCCGAGGGCCAGGGCAGGGCUGAGGGCCGUGGCCAGGCUGAGGGCCGUGGCCAGGCUGGCCCUGGGCACAAGGAGCACAUCUACGACGAGCCCGAGGGCCGCGCCCCGCGCUCGCUGCGCCCCUUCGCCUACAUCUACGACGAGGCGCGGCCCACCAGCGAGGCCUGGCGCACGCAGGGCCACGACGGCAAGGGCGGCUACGAGUACCCCUACAACCCCUGCACUGACGAUUACUCGGUGCCCACCUUCCCCGCCAAGGCCAAGAGCCCCAAGCCAGUGCCAGCCCCCAAGCCCCAGGCAGCCUUGAUCCCCAAAGGGGCAGAGAGGCCGGAGGAUCCUGGCCGGCGAUGGGGCGGCGCCGGCCCUGAGAAGGUGCUCGCCAAACCCAGCCUCAACAGCAGCAACAACAACAACGUGGAGGUGCUGUACAGCCAGGUGGUGAAGCCCCAGCAGCUGCAGAAGAAGGAGCAGUGUGUGGAUGAGUACAGCUUGUCGCCUCUCUAUGAGGACUUAGGGGAGAUAUGAGGGGACUGGGCAUCCCAGGGUGACUUGGGGCUGUUUGGGCUCAGCAGAGCCCCUUUUGCUCACCAGUGCUGAGAUGCUGUGUUUCCCCGGAGGGAAACAGCAAGAGCAAGAGAUCUGUGGCUGCUGCAAGCCUCAGAGUGUUUCUCCAGUGCCUUGUGAUCUGCAGGAGGGCUGGUAUUUUCCUGUAUCUGCUGCUCUGGCUCUGCUCUGGCUUCCUGUCUGACCAGGCUGCAGGGCUCUGGUGCCUAUUGUGGUGUGUGGAAGGCUGCUUGCCAUCAGUCUCCAGAAGUAUUUUUAUACAAAGUUAUUUUAAUAUUAAAGUUUAUAUGUCUCAGAA